AUGGCCAAAUCCAAAGUUUUAUUAGUCCUCUACCAAGGUGGUGAACAUGCUAAACAGCAACCAAAAUUAUUAGGUACCAUUGAAAACGAACUCGGACUUCGUAAGUACAUCGAAUCCCAUGGCUAUGAACUUGUCACCACCACUGAAAAGGAACCUGCCCCAUCUUCCAAAUUCGACCACGAAUUAGCCGAUGCUGAAAUUGUCAUCACCACCCCUUUUUUCCCUGCUUAUUUGACUCGUGAAAGAAUUGCUAAGGCUAAGAAUUUAAAGAUUGCUAUUACUGCUGGUGUUGGAUCUGAUCAUGUUGAUUUAGAUGCCGCCAAUGAACGUGGAAUUGCUGUUUUGGAAGUCACUGGUUCCAAUGUCCAAUCAGUUGCUGAGCAUGCAAUGAUGACUAUUUUGACUUUGGUUAGAAAUUUUGUUCCUGCUCAUGAUAUGGCUGUCCAAGGUAAAUGGGAUAUCGCUGGGGUUGCAAAGCAAGAGUAUGAUUUGGAAGGUAAAGUUGUUGCUACUGUUGGUGCUGGUAGAAUUGGUUAUCGUAUUUUAGAAAGAAUGAUUGCUUUUAACCCUAAGAAAUUAUUGUAUUUCGAUUAUCAAGAAUUACCUCCAGCAGCUAUUCAAAAGCUUAAUGAUGCCUCUGCUUUAUUCAAUGGUGUUGACAAUAUUGUUGAAAGAGUUGAGAAGUUAGAAGAUAUGGUUUCUCAAGCAGAUAUCGUUACCAUUAAUUGUCCAUUACAUGAUUCUUCUAAGGGAUUAUUCAACAAGGAACUCAUUUCCAAGAUGAAACCAGGUGCUUAUUUAGUCAACACUGCCAGAGGUGCCAUCUGUGUUGAACAAGAUGUUGCUGAUGCAGUUAAUUCUGGCCAUUUAGGUGGAUAUGGUGGUGAUGUUUGGUAUCCCCAACCACCACCAAAGAACCAUCCAUGGAUUACUAUGAGAAAUCCAUAUGGAGGGGGGAAUGCUAUGACACCUCAUGUUUCAGGUACUUCAUUAGAUGCUCAAGAAAGAUAUUCGAAGGGGGUUGAAAAUAUUUUAGAAGAAUAUUUCAACAAGACUUACAAUUAUCGUCCACAAGAUGUUAUUGUUAUUAACGGUGACUAUGCUACUAAGGCCUAUGGUCAACGUUAA